AUGGAUCUUCCGUCGACAGAGAUCGAGGAGAAGCUGAGAGAAGCGGUCAGCGAGCUGUCCUCGGACAUCAUUCGACCUGGUUUCCGCUGCAUGAACGACCUACCCGACGAGCUGCUACUUGAAGUAGCCAGAUACCUUGAGGGCGACAACCCGACGCUUGGAAGUCUGAAUCGGACGUCACGUCGCUUCAAAGCCAUCGGUGAUGAGCUCCUAUAUCGUACGAUUAGCUUGCCCCGUACUCGAGAAAACAGCGUUAUGUACCUCGUCCGCACCAUCGUCGAAAGGCCGGAACUGAGAAGCAAGAUCCGGAAACUGACAUUUUCCGCGACGAACUGGUAUGUCGAGAACGAUGGCGAGACUCCGGUACUCUUACCCGCGAUGGUCAUAAAUCGUCCAAGUACCUCGAACGCGCGUGCAGCUUCGUUGAUACAAAUUUCUCAGAACAUCGAUAGAAUGUGCUUUCUCAAGGACGAGAACCCGUUCGAGAGUGCUGAAGAGCUGGCCUGGCGGUGUGGUGUAUUGUGCGGCCAGCUGAGCGCACUAGCAGGAAUGCUUCUUGCACUUUGCGACAGCCUUGAUAUGCUCCAUAUGGAUAUGUAUCACAGGGAGGGUCUGAGUACUCCGGCUGUUAAUGUCCAAAGCACGCUUUAUGGUCUCCACAGCGAGCUGAUGCAACGACCAUCAAGCCGAUGGUCGGGCUUCAAGCAAUUCCACAACGUCAAGCGCCUGAGAGUCUCCGGUUUGAGCAUCGACAUACUGAAAUUCCCGUUCAUCUCUCUUCAAGUCCUCGAGAUCGACCUCUGCUACGAGGCCUUCAAUGAGGGCCUGUCAACUGCAGAGCACGUCUUCUUCGGCAACGAAUCGGUACGGUGCCUCUCGUCCCGCUGUGCGAACCUCCACACACUCAUCAUACGAAGCGAUUGGAAUGAGCUAAACGACCAAGCCCAUCUGAGUCACGGCUAUCAGCUGCCACUUCUGCUACAAGACUUCGCUGGAUCGAUCAUCACCCGUCUAGAGAUACUGUUCGUGAGGAGCCCGACUGUUGUAAAGCGGUGGCUGGGUACUUUCGAGCAUAUUGGUCGUGCUCUGAGUGAGGACACAGACGUAUCUGCAAGCUUGCAGUUCAUCAAAAUCGACUACGAGGAAUCUGAUCACUUCAACCCCAAGCAGUGUUUCGGUGAUUGUACGGACCUGGACAGCUUCAGCUCGUUCCGCAAUUUGUCAAAGAUGGAAGUCUUGCAAGGCGUACUUGUCUACGAAGCUCGCAAUACGUUCGGUAAACUCUACUACUUUCACGGCAUUAUACCUCCUCCGAAUCUCGAGUCACUCACGGUAAUAUGUCCUACCAAUGCCAUUCUUACAUGGCUCAACAUGAUAGUCGAGCGCAACACGGAGGUGCCAGCCCUGAGUAAGAUCGUGCUUUUGUGCAGGUGUGGCUACGGUGCUGGACCUAAAGAGUUCGAAGGCGACGUCUCGACAUACGUUUUCGCGCAGCUGAACGACCUUGGUAUCGAUGUGCGUGUGGUUGAAGAGACACCAGGAGCAUUUGCGUUUCAAGCUCGGAAGGAAGGCUCAGUGUGGGAGGCGGACUGGGCCGAAGACGGAUGGGUGGAUGGGUUGUUCGGUCAGGAUCAGGGUUGA